AUGAGUGUCGGACACAAGAGAUUGGCUUCUGCCGGGGAUCGAGGUGCUGCAUUUUUCAAUAUCGCACGGCGUCCACAGACCCUCGUGAUCCUCCUUGUCUCAUUCAUACUCAUCCUUGUCACUUUCGGAACCGUCUACCUGACCGACAUUGAGAUCCUCUCGCCAUCCACGUGGACUCUGAGUCCAAGCUACCAGUCGAACCCCACAAAACCUCAGCCACCACUGCAGUUCGAGGACGGCUACGGAAAGGUUUACGAUGAGGUGUUGGAGUUGGACACAGACAAUUCUGCAAAGGUCAUCGGCUUGGUCUUCUUCGGCCGCCGCGAGCUCGUCGAGGUGCUCGACUGUUAUCUCCAGCGAAACCUGAAGGCCAACGGUGGCCUGCUGGACGAGAUUAUCUUCGUCGUGCACACCGACAUCCAAGAGGACUUAGAUUACCUUGAGACACUGGUGCCAAGGCGGCCAGAGUAUUCAAAGUAUGAAGUCAAGGGCACCUACAGGUGGCUCGCGGGCAGCUGGGAGCCAGUGACCGAUCCCGACGCAAUAUAUGUCAAGAUAGACGACGACGUCAUAUACUUCAGCGAUAAUGCCAUCUCGAGUGUCGUCAAGAGGAUCACGGACAACCCUCACUUCUUUGCCGUGUCUGCCAAUGUGGUGAACAACCCGGCCUUGAGCUGGGUGCAUUCUCAUAUGGGCGUUGACUAUCCUUACUGGCCGGAAAUGAAAAAGCCUUGGAGAAGCCCACCCGCCUCCUCCUGGCGGGCCUCAGAGCUGCCUCCCUACUCUGGGCCGAAGUCAGGCCCCAAGGGCUUCGCCAUCGACGGGUCUACCCCGGCACCCUUCAAGGACCACCGCUGGCUGCCCGUCCCGCUUCCCGCGGGCGAGUCCACCUACGACUUCUCCGACUACCCAGUCUCCACGGCGACCUACGACGCCCACGGCCCCUCGCUGAACAACUGGGCGCUGGCGGCGCAGGUCCACUACUCGUUCCUGCAGCACCUCGAGCAGAACGACACCCGCCGCUACAAGUUUGACAUGUGGGACUACGCCUACGACCGCCUGUCCAUCAACUUCAUUGCUAUUCGCGGCCGCGACGUCAUGGACUGCUUCCCCUUCCCCCAGCACGACGACGAGGACUACCUCACCGUCAAGCGGCCCAAGGAGCUGGGUCGGAGGGUGGUCAUGGACGGCACGGGCAUCGCCGUCCACUUCGCCUUUGGCCCGCAGUACAAGGCGCAUGACCACCAUGGGCUGGCGGACACGGAUCUCUUGAUGCGGUACAAGGCGUAUGCGGAGGAGAUGGUGUGUGGCAAGCCCAGAGAGGGUGUCUUGACUGCACCGGGUGGGCUGGGGGGUGUAUAA